CAACUAGAAGAAGAUUGUAUGAGCGACCAAGAGUGGAGAAAUAAUUGGUACGAUGAUGCUAAGGAAUGUGAAGUGUUCAUAAUUAAAGUAGAGAAUAGUAACUUGAAAGAAGAAACCAUCAAGUUAGAACCAGAAGAUUACUCACCUACCCUUAGAUUUUUCAAUAAUAGAGUUUCUGGCCUUGGACUCUUACUAGCCUAUUUUCUAACUCCAGAGAAAUCAGAUGAUAAAUCCACCCAAAGCAGAGGUGUGGUAAUACUGAGCGAAACGGGAUCAGAAAAUUGUAAAGAAAAUACUAACCUGAAAACCGACAAAGAAGGAGAUGACGAAUUCUGGUAUAGCCAUAAUGAUGAUGAAACUGUAAUAACCUAUAAAGGGGAAGAUGGAUGCCAUAAAAUAAAUGAAGAAAAAGAAGUAUUUAUGAUAAUAAUAGAAAAUGAAGACGAACAGAAGGAAGGUAUUGAAGUAGAAAACAUAGUACCAGGACCAAGUGAAUAG